AUCAAAUUUGCCAAAAUGACAAAGAGUGCAAAGCAUAAAAAGGAGUUCCGAAAAGAGAAAAACAAAAUAAAACUUAAGUUAUCUUUUAAGGCAGAAAAAAGUGGUAAAAGGAAAAAAGGAGAAUUGCUACCUAAAGGCUUAAAUGUCACUGAUACAAGCUUUAAAACAAAGAAAAUUGUUCUCCCUGAUCAUAUGCGACCGACUGAAGACAGUGGAAUACCAUUAAGUCAUAGAAAACAAACAUUUAAGGAACUUCUUGCACACAUGGGUCAUUUUAAUGCUGGUGUCCAACAAGAUGGCAUUAAUGGAAUGAAAGAACUUUUAGGAAAAUUUCCAGAGGUUUUGGAGGUUUCACUUUCUUCACUUUUGGGGAAGCUCUCAGAACUGAUGGCUAACCGGGAUGCACAAGUCCGAAAAUGUUCAUUGAAACUUCUAGAGCAUAUUGUUCAGUCCACUUCAUCUGAAAAGAUUACACCAUUUUUCCCCCUUCUUAAUGCACAAUUAAUGUGCUGCAUGAAUCACAUAUCUUUAGGAAUUCAAAAAGAUUCACAUUUGCUUCUUGAUAUCCUACUUUCGCAUGUUCCUGGCCUUGUUUCUACAGUUGCCAUGCAGAUUCUUCCAAACUUUCUUGAGCAAAUUUCUUGCAGAGACGAUACUAAAAACGGAAAGCGGGUUUUGACGAUAAAUCCAAAUCAACGACUGACUUCGUUAAAAUGGAGACAAGAAGUGCUGACGCGUGUUAAUCGACUUCUUAUUCUGCUCUUGGGGAAAAAUCAAAUAGAUCCACAACAAAACUCCGCAAUAAUGUCAUUCAGUUAUGGAAAAACCUGUCCUCUGUAUAUGAAAAGAAAUUUUUAUAUCCAGUUGAACAUUCGUAGACCUGGUCAUUUGUCCGUCAACGACAAAUGUUUAUCUACCCAUCAGCUCCAAGAAUUUAUUUCUCACCUUUUCCCUCUUCUCAGUGAAACGUGGGUUGAGGCUAUGGCUAGCGAGCAGCUUAAUAAAAAUCAAGGUUAUUCUCUUAUUGGAACUGAAAGUUUGGCUCUAUUUACAUGCAUCACCAAUGUGAUGUUCACGUUGCGGAGUAUCAUGAGUCGAUCAGAAAACAACUUGGAAUUGUUGCGUUGGUUCGAAUCCGAAUACGGAGAGUUAUUGAUUCGUAACUUUAUUCAACGAUUCCCUUUCUCGGCUCGUGUAGAAACUGCCCGCAACAAGAAGCAAGCAUUAGACCCUCAGUGCCGGGAACAAAACCUCAUUCUUUGUUUUCUCUGGGCCCACCUUGAAAUGAAAAGCGCCGCCAAAUAUUCCGAUCUCGUCUUUCAAUACCUUUGUGGACUUUUUCAAUCUUCGGAUCAGUACGUUUUUACACAAGUAGAACUUGACAAGCUGAAGGACAUUGUCUUGGCUUGUUGCAGUAAAAAGAAUUUAAGAGUUCAUGUCGAUAAUUUGAUAGAUGUGCUCGUGGAAUUUUGUAAUCGUAUUCGACCAGAUCGAAAGGAUCGACUGUAUCUAAACAAGGUACUGAUGAAUAUUGGGGAAACCAUUGGUGAUCAAGAAGAUAUGUCAUCAUUGAAGCGUUGGAUUGAAACAUGCCCAUCUCUCAUCCGUGAUAACGCCAACAUGGAUCUGUUGGAGUCUAUAAAUCGUGUUAUGAGCCGGAACGCCAACUGUUUGGCAAAUGGCAGGAGAGAAGUUGAUAACAUCAUCGCCCAUCUUGAAAAAAUCGACAGUAAAUCUGAACAUUGGAAAGCGGUUUUUGACUUCAUAUACUUAACGAAGAAUCAAGCGUCUGGUCAACUUGAAAUAUCGACACUGCGUGAACAAAUUGUUCAACUGCAAGAUUCCGAUGUUAAAAUCUACGGUCUAGGAAUGCUAAAUAUUAUCGGAGCAGCAACCUAAGUUUGUAUUUGCCCACAAUAAACAAGAUGUAUUACACUUGAAAAACAAUCUGGAAA